UCUACGGUGCCCCCUCAACCAGUAAACAGUUUCGCUGUCGCGAUGGAUUCAAACAAGGACGAAGCUGAACGCUGCAUAGAAAUUUCAAUCGAAGCACUGAGGAAUGAUGAUCCAGAUAAGGCUCGGAGGUUUCUUGAAAAGGCACAAAGACUGUUUCCUACCAACAAAGCUCAAUCUUUACUUGAAACAAUCGAACAGAAUGGUAGACCUUCCAGUCAGGAGAACAGCUGUGGGGACAGUGGUGACACGGGUGUGAGACACAGGAGCCAUGCAACAGAGGCUAACACUUCAGGGGAAAGUGCCACAGACUCUGCCAAACCAUACACUUCAGAACAGCUUGAUUCUGUCAAAAGAAUAAAGAAUUGUAAAAAUUACUAUGAAAUCCUUGGAGUAAGCAAAGAUGCAGCAGAAGAUGAUCUGAAGAAAGCAUAUAGAAAACUUGCCUUGAAAUUCCAUCCAGACAAGAAUCAUGCACCAGGUGCCACCGAGGCUUUUAAAGCCAUUGGGAACGCGUAUGGGGUACUGAGUAAUGCAGAGAAAAGGAAACAAUAUGACCUGUAUGGAGAGGAGAAAGUACAUCCGUCCAGACAUGGACAUUCACAUCGUGGAUUUGAAGCGGACAUUUCUCCUGAAGACCUUUUCAAUAUGUUCUUUGGAGGUGGCUUUCCGUCCGGUAAUGUUCAUGUGUAUAGUAAUGGCAGGAUGCGCUAUGGCCAUCAGCCCCGAGCGGACCGAAGAGAGCACCAGAGAGAGGGAGGCCUGGCCCUAUUUGUUCAGCUGAUGCCCAUCCUCAUCCUCAUUAUCGUCUCUACUCUCAGUCAAAUGAUGGUGUCCGAUCCCCCUUACAGCCUCAGUUACCGCCCGUCUUUGGGGCAUGUAAACAAGAGACAGACUGACACUCUGAAGGUGCCUUACUAUGUGACUGACCAGUUCACAGAGGAGUACACUGGAAAGGACCGUAAGAAUAUUGAGAGGAGUGUAGAGGAGGAUUACAUCUCGAACUUAAGGAACAACUGCUGGAAGGAGAAGCAACAGAAGGAGGGCCUUCUCUACAGGGCACGUUAUUUUGGAGAUUCUGAUCUGUACCAAAGAGCCCAGAAAAUGGGCACUCCCAGCUGCUCGAAGCUCUCAGACGUACAGGUUUUGCUACAUGGAUAGACUGGCUACAGAAAUAAAGAUUGAUUAUAUUUCCCAACAUCUGAGUUGACUGCAUUAAGGUAACACCUUGGCUGUAUUCAAGCCUUCAGCGAGGCGUUGAAGCGGUUCACAGAAAUCAUUUACUUCAAGUGAUGCUCAUGUGUGGGCAUUGUCAACCCUUGCUUUAAUCAGAGAGAGUAUGUGAGAGGAUAUCGGUCAUAUUCAGAAAUGGACAAACUGGUCUCUGCUGAGGAGAUCUACAGUAGAGGAACGCAUAAUAUAGGCAUCAGUCAUCUGAGAUGGUAAAUUAGCCUGCUCAAAUAAAGCAUUUUGAUAUUACCAUUUCUCUCUUGAAAAUGUAGUAGAUUUUCUUCAAACCACAAUGCCUUCUGGGACAAUGGAGCCAAUAGAAACGAUAUGAUUUUUAUGACCUCUAUGUACACAGUGUUUGGACUCUGCAGGGACGCAACCGAGAUUAAAUUAUUAAAUGUAUGUAAUUUCUUGUUUAACUGUUCCCCUAUGGACAUGGUUGUAGCUAGCAAAAUUUUGAAAUACCGGUAAUUGCUGAAUCUGAAAUUUAUAUUUAUUAACACUGAAUCUUAAUUUUGUUUUCAAUUCAGUCUGUUUUGAGUUUCAUGAGUAUAAUCAUGUGAUGCCAAUCCAUGAGGAGUUCUGCACAAAAUUUGCUUGAAAAGUACAUUUUAUAAAAUACAUUUUUGUAUUAAUGGAAUUGAUGAAUCAUUACUUUUACAUGUAUGGUUUUAGCAUAGCCAGCUUUUGGCAAAUAAAGAGUACAUGUUUGGGAUGUCCA